GUAUAUUUCAAAUAUGGGAGAGAACCGUCAGGGGAGGAAACGGUUUGGGGUCAUUCUUUUGUGGUGUUCAGCCUGUAUUUGUGGUGCAUUAUACUCAACCCAACAUGGCGUCAAGAAGCAGGAAAUUUCAUAAAUGGACAAUAGAUUUUACAGGAGCGAAUAGAUCAAAAGGAGAUAAACAAUUAGCUCUACCAUCACAGACAACUCUAGCUAGGCCUUAUGGAUAUGCAGAAAAUGUAAAUGUUAAAGAAGUGGAUAAAAAAGAAGCAGAUUCUCAGCUUAUAGUAAAGAAAUCUUGGGAUGUUGCUCUUGGCCCUCUUAAACAAAUUCCAAUGAACUUUUUCAUUAUGUGGAUGGCAGGUAACACAAUCUCUAUAUUCCCCAUCAUGAUGGUUGGAAUGAUGUUCUUCAGACCAAUACAAGCUCUUAUGUCAGCCUCUAAUACUGCAUUCAAGAUGAUAGAGGGCCCACAGCAUGUUUUACAAAAGUUUGUCUAUAUGUUUGGAAAUGUUGUAUGUCUUGCAUUGGCUGUAUAUAAAUGUCAAACCAUGGGCUUAUUACCUACAACACCAUCUGAUUGGCUGGCAUUUGUAGAAGCACAAAGGAGACUGGAGUGGUCCGGAGGUGGUGCUCUUCUUUGAUGUGUCCAGUUUGUGUUAACAUUUAUAUGUUAUGUAAAAAUAAAAUCAUUUUACUUUGAUGAUAUUGUGAAUUUUUCUAUAAAGCAGCAUGCUUCUACACUCAUGAUAAUUAGUAAGAUUAUUCAUGAAGUUGUUUAUAUAGUUUAGAUAUUUUAACUGAUAAUGUAAAACAAACAAGCAUGUCAUAAAAUGUGCUUGAAUUACCUAAGGAUUUUGGAAAAGUCAAACAUUUUAGAAACUUUCAAUAUCUAUUUAUUUUCAUAUUGAUUGUUCAAAACUUUGUUAAUUCAUUUAGAAACGUGAAGCUUUAAUCUGUACAUUCACAUAUUUUGUCCUGUUUGCUCAUUUAUAUUCUACUUUCACCCUAACAUAAGUUGUUUUGAAGUCAGACUAGUAUUUAUACAUGUAAUUUUGUACUAACUUGUUGUUGGAACAAUGUCUAUUUAUCAGAUGAAAAUAGGUUAGAAAUGGUCAUGAUCUGGUUUGAAAUUCCUAUUUAUAGACGUACAUGAUGAAAAUCAUGAUUAGAGAUAAAACUAUACAUUGACCUAGUGAUCAUGUCACCACUAGCCUUGAAUUUGGCUAUUAUUAAUACAUUUAUAACAUUAUUCAACAUUAACUGACUUCAAUCAAAUGACCUUCAUUACUUGAAGGAAUUCUAGGAUUAUUCUAUAUUAUCUGUUUACAAAAUUCACAUUAGUUUUAACUAGAUUUAACAGCCUGUUUACCAAUCCAUAAUUUUUUCAAAUAAUUUUAUUUCAAUUUCGGUUGUUCUGAUGUAAAAAUUGAAUGAUGUAACCAUGGCCCUUUUGAGGAAACAGAAAAUAAAACUCAGUUUAAGCCCCUUACUAAGAUUUGGAUGUAUAGCAGCCAUUUUGGUUCAGAUCAAAACCACUGCAUUAUGACCUGGCAUUGUGGACACAAACAUUUUAAGAUUAAAAAACUUGGUAUUUACCAUUAUCUCUGUACUUACCCAAGGAUCGAUGGGCUUGGUUACAAUUUAUUGUUGCAUUAGGUAAUAAGACUAAACAUUUUUGUCUUUUGAUAUGAAUAAAUUAUUGAUAUAAUACCA